AUGGACAACUCAGGUAUUAGGAAUAACAUCAAGGCCUAUAACCCGCCGCAAACACCCAAUCAUGUGCCCAAGUACCCCAGUGAACCUACUACCAUGGCCACCUACGCCGCAAACUUUGCUGAUGCAUCCCAGCAGUAUUCCGCUUAUCCCGAGGCCGCGGUCGCUCCCCUGCCAGAUUGGUUCGAUUUCCUCAGCCCUGAUGUCACCGAUCUCCAGGGCAGCGAGUCAGUGCCGUUGCCCUCCCCGACGCUGCCGAUGCUGCCUCUCGACGUCAUGAACGUGUUGGGGUCGACGUCGCCACCCCGCAAGCGCCGCUGUCUCUCCACGACGCCGGAGCUCGGUCAGCACUCGUAUCCGUCGACGCCUCCGGCAGCGGUCCAAGGCCACCCCCCGCAGUUCUCGUACGAGUAUCAGCCACAUGUAUACCCUUCCUCGCCUGUUCAGUUCUUCCCCAACCCCGUGGUGCCGGCGGCUCCCCCAGAAGUCCCGCAUGACAAAGGGCUCUAUGUGUACCAAGCCAGCGCCCACGCCCCCUCGACGGCGCCCACUCCGAUGGUGAUCAACUCGGAAGCGCUCGGGCCCGUGGCUGUGUCGUACAACCUGCCGCCUGCUUACAGGGGUCGGCGUCCCUCCCGCAGCAGAGGCAAGAACGCGGAGUGCCAGGUGUGCAACAAGAAGUUCGACAGCCGCUACAAGCUGAAGGCGCACAUGAACUCCCAUCUGAAUAAACGGCCCUUUGUGUGUGACAUCUGCGGCCAGGCCUUCCUCAGGAGCCACAACUUGGCGUCCCACCGUCGAACGCACGAGUCCCAGUAUGCCUACAGCUGUCAGCAUUGUAACCGUGGCUUCAGGAGGCCGGCGGAGCGACUCCUUCACCUGCUGUUGAAAGUUUGUCAGCGACAGGUCAAUCUGAUCCGACGAACCACUUACGGCUGGAACUGUCACGUUUGCAAUGUCACGUUCACCGACCUUCCAGUGGUACAAGAACACGUUCAACAACACAAGCUGAACGAGGGACCCCGCCGUGCCUGUCCCGUGUGUCAUGUUCUGUUUACUGGACAACGAGACCAUAAAAUCCUUGCACAUGUUAAGGCUUACCAUCCGGACUACUUGAGAAGCCUUGGCUAG